AUGACAUCUGUAAAAAGAUCUCAUACUGACUAUAGAGUGGGAUGGAUUUGCGCUUUGCCAAAGGAACAGACGGCAGCUACGGCCAUGUUAGACGAAAUACACCCGAACCUGCAUAAGCCUUCGAAUGACACAAACACCUACACGCUCGGCUCAAUCGGCCCUCACAAUGUUGUUAUAGCCUGUCUGCCUAAGGGACGAUCUGGUAACGGUUCUGCGACCAAUGUUGCGACACUCAUGAUCGGGUCAUUUCCUUCCAUCAAAAUCGGGCUUUUGGUUGGCAUUGGUGGGGGUGUCCCCUCAAAAGUGAGACUUGGCGAUGUGGUCGUCAGUACCCCGGGUGGCCAAUAUCCUGGCGUAGUCCAGUGGGAUUUUGGUAAAGCGACAAAUGGUAUAUUUGAGAGAACCGGAGCGUUGAGUAAUCCGCCAAAUUCUUUGCUAACUGCCUUGGCUAAACUUGAGACGGAAUAUGAGCUGGAGGGAUCGAAGAUCCCUCGCUUCCUUGAAGAACUCAAGGAAAAGUACCCAAUGUUGCCGAAGGGGUACUUUGAGUCUGAUUCACUUCGAGAUUUGCUUUUUAGAGCAGAUUAUUCUCACGUCAAUGGCCCUUUCAUGGAUGCCAAAGGUCCAACAGACGGGAUUGCCGAGAAAUCCCAGGAGGAGGCAGUUGAAGAAGGGCCGGAAGAAGGUGGAGAGGUGUGCCAGUUUUGUGAUCAAACGAAGAUUGUGAAAAGAGAUCAUCAACCGAUACGUGUGCAUCAUGGACUUAUCGCAUCUGGGAAUAAAGUUGUUGAGGAUGGCUUAUAUCGAGAUAAGCUAAACGACACACUGGGAGGAAAUGUUCUCUGUUUUGAGAUGGAGGCAGCCGGAUUAAUGAAUAAUUUCCCGUGCUUGGUCAUUCGUGGUAUCUGCGACUACUGCGACUCACAUAAGAAUAAAACCUGGCAAGAGUAUGCUGCCGCGGUAGCAGCGGCAUAUGCUAAGGAGCUACUUGGUUGUAUCCAACCUAGCAAUGUUGAGGAUGAGCAGCUCAUCAGGGAUGUUAUAAAUGAGGAAAAGCUCGAGCUAAUGGAAACAUCAGGAAGGAAAGAAGACAAGAAGAAGCAAGAGGAAAUUCUCGAUUGGCUGACAUCUCUGGAUUUCCAUCUGCUGCAGAACGAUUACUUCAGGAAAUGCCAGCAGGAUACAGGACAGGAGUUCAUAAAUUCAACAGAAGUCCAAAGAUGGAUAUCAACAGCCAAACAAACUUUAUUUUCCAAAGGCGAUCCGGGAGCCGGAAAGACAUUUCAAAUGGCCAUUCUGGUGAACCAUCUGCUGGAAAAUUUUAACCAAGAGAAUGUUGGGGUCGCUUACUUAUACUACAACUACAAGACACAGCAGAAUCAAAAACCAGAGCAUAUGCUCGCAAGUCUUGUCAAACAACUCGCCCAGAGUUCAAAGAUUUUCCCCAAGGGGCUAUACCAGCUGCGCGAUCGACACAGCCCUACGAAAACUCGUCCUUUUCUCGGUGAACUUUCCAAUGCCCUUGAGAAUGUUAUUCAGUCUUUUUCGAGGGUCUAUAUUCUCAUCGAUGCUCUUGAUGAAGGGGAUGAUGAUGACCGUACGACGUUUCUGCGUGAGAUGUUUGCCAUUCAAGCAAAGACUAAGCUCAACCUAUUCGCGACAUCUAGGCCUAUUUCGGCAAUUGGGGCUGUAUUUAAAGGAAGCAUAUCUAAGGCCAUUUCUCCCUCUCAGGAGGAUGUUUUCCUGUUCCUCAAUGCCCGCAUGUCCGGACUACCACAAUUUGUAAUCGAUGAUACAACUCUGCAGGGCGAAGUCAGGGUGGCUAUUGAAUCAGCCAUCGGAGGAAUGUUUCUCCUUGCCCAACUCUACAUGAAUGCUUUAAUGGGCAAAAGAUCACCGGAUGCGCUACGGGAAGCGCUUAGAGAUCUACCACAUGCUUCAUCGUCAAAAGAUAAGACUAGCGUAUUGAACCAGGCUUAUGACAAGUCAAUGGAACGAAUACAACAGCUGAAAGGAGAUAUGUCUUCCGACGGAUUAUUCAUUAUCUCUUGGAUAGUCAAUGCCAAGCGGCAGCUGAAGUUAACGGAGCUUCAAGAAGCACUCGCUAUCGCUAUCCAUACGAAUAAAUCUGAGUCUCUCCUCGCUGUUAAUAUCCGCGCAUUCAAACUAAACAAAGACAGUAUCCCGACGGUUGAUCACAUCACCGAAUCCUGUGCGUCAUUGGUAAUAGUUGAGGGAGACAUUGUCAAAUUAGUUCAUUACACGGCGCAAGAAUAUUUUGAACGAUCACCCCACAGUUCAAUGACCAACUUCCACGAAAAUUUAAUGACAAUUUGCAUGACAUAUCUCUCCUUUUCAGGUUUCCGAGAUAAAUCUUGCCGAUCAAAGGAGGACCUCGACAAGAGAAUUGGAAAGAAUCCCUUUUACAGCUACGCAGCUGAGUUCUGGGCCUAUCAUGCAAAUGAGGCUAUAAAUCAAAACCACGGGGAUAUCGUUGAACUUCUCAUCCAGAAAGGAGCCGUUUUGGAGGCUCAAACAGAGCGGUUGUCUGGUACCGCUUUGAUAUAUGCUGCUCGAGCUGGUUACACGAAUAUUAUUCAGUCGCUCAUUGAAAAGGGCGCUAAUGUGGAAGCUGGGGACCAAUACGGCAAUACACCAUUAAGUGAGGCUGCUGCUUGGGACCAGGAAGAAGCUAUUGUGAAAGCGCUGCUUGACUCGGGAAAAGUUGACGUUAACACAAAAGAUGACAAAGGAUGGACGCCACUCCGGUAUAUAAUCGAACUCAAAUAUGUGCCAAUUAUGAAAACGCUACUUGGCUACAAAAUGGUGGAUGUUAACACAAAGGAUGAUAAAGGACGAACGCCGCUGCUACGUGCAGUAGAACUCGGCGAUUCAUCUAUCGUGAAAGCAUUACUGGAUUCUAGAAGGCCGGACGUUAAUGCAAGGGAUAUUGAAAGACGCACGCCACUACGAUACGCAAUAGAAAAAGGAGAUGAAUCUAUUAUCAGAGUCUUAUUGGAUUGUAAAAAUGUGGGCAUCCACAAAAAAGAUAACGAGGGAUAUACGCCGUUAUUAUAUGCGAUGAAACACAAGAAGAAGUCUAUUAUACAACUUUUAUUUCAUAAGGGAAGAAUCAGUGCGAAUACAAGAGAUAAGAAAGGGCGCACACCGCUAUCUCAUGCAACGGGGCUUGGAGAUAGGUCUCUCGUGAAGGCACUACUCGAUUUCGCCGAAGUCGAGAUCGACGCAAAAGAUAACAAAGGCCGGACGCCUUUGACAUAUGCCACCUCGUGCAGUGUGGCCAAGGUUCUGCUUAGAACUCAAAAAGUGGAUGUGAAUUCAAGAGACAAACAGGGCAGAACCCCUAUCUGGUAUGCUACUCAGGCUGGGAAUCACAAGCUCGUUGAGCUGCUUGUACGACGCGGUGCAUAUGAUGGCUCCGACGCAAGGAACAUACGCCGAUGGGUUGAUAAUGGAGCGCGGCUUGUGUUCACCUCAAGUGGUGGCAUCAGCCUAUGGAAUUGGAUCAGGUCUUCACCUCUGCUCCCACGUUUCUCAUACUUUGCACACCAUUUCCUUACGUGGUCAGCCCUGAGCUAA